CACACACACACACACACACACAGAAACACACUGAGUUUCAUCUGGUGCCUAUAUCCGACACUAUUAUUUUUGUAUGUGAAAGGCACGACGGAGCGAUUUAAAUGAAUGAAUUAUUGCUUAAUGAAUGAAUGAGCGAUAGAAUAAACUGCUGGUUCGCCGUUAUCAUUACUUCUACUGCUGCUUGCUAGACGUAACACCACACCGUCUUAAACUGCUUAAGAUUAUCGACUGCUUUUCGUUGCAGCUGCGACCGGCUCUGCUAGUCUAUUGUCGAUAUUCUGAAGCAGCUGAAAAUUACUGCUAAACAGGACGUAACGAAUCAGUGUUGACUGUACUUUUGAUUAAUUCUCUCACUCUCGGAUAGAGUAAGUAACGGUUGUACGACUACUACGUUUUCCCCAAACUUUACUACAUUGGCCAUUAAGAUAAUGUGAAUUAUGCCGACAUAAACACAGUCUACAAGGAAAGUUGGCAUUGCAAAUGGAGUAGAUUACAGGAAGGGAAACUCAAGCGAGAGUGGAUUUUCUAAGCAAAUCAGGCUCUUAUAUGAUACAAAGAAAUUAACUCAUUCACCGCUAAAGUGACAGAGAACAAUGACGAAAGGCGAAACGAAAGUUCCCAUUGUUCCAGAUGGUGGCUACGGAUGGAUUGUAUGUAUUGCCGCCCUACUUAGUAAUUGCAUUAUCUCUGGAUUUGCAUUAUCAGCCGGGGUUCUAUUGGUCGAACUUUUAAAGAACUUCAAUGAACCAGUCUCUACGAUAUCACUUAUUCUUUCUCUAAGAACCGGCUUGAAUUUAUGUGUUGGGCCUUUUGUGACUAUUUUGUUGAAACGUUUCACCCACCGUAAAAUUAUUAUAGUGGGAGGACUGAUUGGUUUUAUCUCGCACUUUUCUAGUACCUAUGUCAAUAGAGUUGAUGUUUUAAUCCUAACCUAUGGCGUAUUAGGAGGAAUAUCUUUAGGAAUGUGCUUUUUCGCGGCCAAUGUUAUAGUCGGCCAUUAUUUCGACAAGAAACGUGCUACUGCCGUCGGCAUGGCUGUCUGUGGAGUGGGUCUCGGAAUGUUCAUUUUCAACAAUGUCACUGAAAUGCUACUUCAACAUUAUGGCCUGAAAGGGACACUGCUACUUUCUUCUGGGAUAGUACUCAAUCUGGUUCCCCUAGGAGCUCUGGUACGGCCUUUGAAAUAUAAAACUGUUUCAGAAUGUGAAGAGUUACAGGUGAUAGAGUUAGAUUCUGUGGAGAAGGACGGUGAACAUCUCAAAGGAAAAGAGAAACUGGAAAAUGCAAACGACGAACAUCGCAUGGAACUCUGUCCAGACAAAUCUCCAGAGAAAGAAGGAACAGAAAGUAAUGAUGGAAAAUCUUCGUCGAAAAAUAUAAUGACCAAAUGUCUCUCUUCGAUGAAUCUGGACCUUUUAACGAAUACCAAUAUGCUUCUCUUCUGCAUGAUUGUGUUAAUCUGGGCUAACUCCAAAACUACAUCCCAAUACGCCUCCUUACCACUUUCACCAGACUAUAGAAAACGUCAUAACUACCAAUACUCUUAAGUACUUGUAUGAUUGUAAAAGACACCAAUAGUUUGGUUUUGUGUUAUAUGUGGAAAACAAGGGAGAACAGGAAGGAAAAGUAUCUGCAUUUUAUCAUGAUUAUUAUGAUAUUAUUAAAAUAAUAAUUAGAAAACGAUACUACAGAAUGACUCCCCUACUUCAGCGUUUAGUUACCAUAAUACGAACUAACUAACUCACGACAAGUCAUAUCAUACUUAGCAGAAACCUAGACUCAGUGAUUUUCGGUGACUAGUUUUGGUGUCACAUAUUAUUCUGAAUUUAAAUCCAACUGGGGUUAGCUUUUUCUUUCAUCCGACUAGACCCAAAGAAAGAAUUAUGAUGUGAUAUAUACUCGAGUAGAUAUAAUCAAAUAUUUCUCAUCCUCUACAUUCUUCAAAAAGUAUUGAAUACAGCCCUCAAGCGACUGUCAUUCCAUCCUUUGCAAUUAUUGAUAUUAAACCUGUAAAAGAGCGGUGGCUUGACACCAUCGUUAGAGUGAUGGGGAAAAUGUCUUGCGGUAUUCAGUUGCAUUCUAUUACAUUCUGAGCUGAAACUUGCCGUGUUGACUUUGCUUUUCAUGCAUCUGGGGUGGAUAAAACGUAUAACUGUUGAAUAACGGAGUCAAUUCCAUAAAUAUUUCUCUUAUCCUCUUAUCGAAUUUAAAAAUCAUUAUCGAAUUAAAAUUGCAAUAGUUGCUUAUAACAAGAGAGUUCGAUAUAUCUAUUCGCAAAAAUUCUUACUAUGGUAAUAGCAAAAUUAUGAAACAAUAGAUCAAGAGAGAGUUUGGGCAGUAAUUUGAGCGCCACCACUUCAUAGUAAUAUCUGACUUCUUGUUAAAUUAGAUAAUCGUUGUUUGUGAUGAUAUAGUGAUGUAUAGUCACAGAUAAAUCCUGUCCGAAUAAGCCUUUGAUUAAAGGUAUUUUAACUCUAAUAAUUCAGUGAUUCCAGGACUCCGUUUUCUAAUGCCUUAUUCUUUGUCGUUCUUUUUUCAGAGGGGGUAGUUGUAAUUUAAGAGCGAUUUAAUUGUAUUAUUUCUAACUGGUUGAAGACAUCACAGAAUAUCUUCUUUUUCAUUCGUUUCUGAUAUGUUGCGGUGUUAAAUGCAUUCUUUAUCUCUGAAAACUUUUGAUUCCUUUCACUCACCUCGUCUUUAAGUGGUUAGCUCACAUUAAUCCUUAAGUAGCAUAGGGUUGGUUUCCUGGUUUCUCUGGCGUAUAUAUUCUUCCCAGGAUUGGACGCCGGUCCAUCGAAGGUUUAUUCAAUUUUACCAGCUGAGUGGAUUAAGAGCAACGUGAAAUGAACUGGUUUGCUCAAG